AUGGAUUCCGAUUCAGACAACUUGGUAUUCGCGCUUUCACCUAUAGAGAAAACCUCGCUAAUCCAGAGGCAUAACACAAAAAAAGUUACAGGGCCUCACAUGCCCGUCCCUGUUACCACUUUCUUCGCUCGAAAGGCUGCCCCGCUGCAUCUCCCUAGACUCGACAAGUACCUUUCUUCUCUUCCUCUGCCAGAUUUCCUCCAGGACGAUUCCAAGUGGGACAAAAAGUCCAUGUUUCCUCCUAUGGAUCGUCUAGCACUUACUGGGUGUUCCCUGGACGACCUAGAGACUAACUCCAAGGUUCCUGCUUCUUGGAAAGACAGAAAGACAAUACUUGGAUCAGCAGUAGGGAUAGUAUUGGGAGUCACGGGCUCGAGUGCACUCGCUACGUACUACAGUCUCCAGGGCCUGACGAACACCGUGCAAAUAUUCGCCUUGAUCUUGAACACGAUCGCGCCAGUGAAGGGAAGUCAGGUUCUGAGUGAAUGGAGACGAUUGUUUCUUGGUACCAUUCCAAAUAUUAUCGCUCUCAACUUUGCAUCCACUCUCAUCCAAUCAUUGGUGUACCUCAUCAUUUUCUUCGUCAUCUCGUCCGGGCUCCUUUAUUACUUCUUUCGCUCUGCCCUCGGCUGUGAUCGUUACACGUGUGUCGAGGGUUUACAGCAAACGGUACAGGAAGGGAAAAGAUGGGCGUUGCUCGUCGUGACGUUUAUCCUCACUGUGUUUUACCUUCCUCUCAGUACGAUGGCCGUUCAUGUCCUCGUUUGGUCUGAUGAUCUUUGGGCCGUUACCAAUCCAUACACGAAUGCGACUUCUUUUCCGCCUGUUGUCGCUUCUUUGGGACCCGCUGAUGAAUAUCGUGAUCCCUUAGACUUUUGCUGGACAACAACUAUGAAGAAGAAUGAAAUCAACUUUGCGCCGGUCGUGGUCGUGCUUGCAUCCGUAGUGGUUAUUUCGGUAAGUCUAACGAUCUGGUUUCCAAUCGCACUUCGUAGUGUCAUUAAACACUCUAUCCCCAAAGUUGAUCGUUAUACUAGUUUGGGCAGGCUGAGAAAUAGCGUUGACCUUGAUGGAGAGUACCAUCGACUAUUGGCUCGAGAUCAAAACCCGUUCGCGUUUCUUUACAGCGGAUAUCGUCGUGGCUGGGGAACUUACCAGUCCACUUUCCUUUUUGCCAAGUUUAGCACCCUUGUUAUCAUCGCGGUCAUUGAUCCGGACAAUUGCUUGUUCUGCUCCUUUCCCCGUUCUACCAUCCUCAUCGUCCGACAAGUAUUGCUCCUAGUUUCGACCAUCGGGUUCUUCCUGGCUCAGUGCAUCGUUGCACCAUUUCUUGACCCGGUCAAUAAUGCCAGCGAAUGGACAUCCAGACUGAAUUAUGUGUCAACGGCUAUUAUUGCUUUGUUAGUCGCACUUGACAUUCCUGGGCAGAAGAUUUACAAUGCCUAUCUGCUUUAUAUAAUUUAUAUCAUCACUUAUGGAUUAAGCAUAUAUUUCACUAUAAUAAAUUUGAGUCCUGUACGUCGGAUGGUCAAGAGCAUUGAUAUCUUUUCUCCCCGGUUGGAUCUUUCUCCUCUCUCUCUCCACACCAAGCGACGUAUAUGGCAGGAAUCAAUCACUGCACUGCUAUUAACAAGUCCCGAGUGUAGGAUCCCCGCGAAGCAACGCAUGGUGUUCGCGCAGGCUCGAGACUCUGAAUUCCCCCCAUAUCUUUUGAACUUCAGUGGAACGCCUGCGGAAAGACACGCAGAGAAUCUUAAGAUUUUACGUGAAAUUGGUUCGCUCAAAUAUAAUAAGGCAUCCGCACUAUUAUCAGGGCCAGAUUACGAGUGGUUUAGGAAGUUGGAGUCCCAAAUACAGAAAUAUUUCAUAGGCCCCGACUGUUAUUGGAAAAGCCCGUCUGAAACGAAGCCAGAAUCAGUGGGAUGCGCUAACUUCUUCGGCAACGCUUGGUGGAUACCCUUCCCCCCUACGCUAGUUCUUCGCUAUGACAGCGGAUCAUACGCUGUUUUACAAGAAGUAGCCGAUCUUGAAGCGUAUAUAUCGCAGAAUUCAUUACACAGCAUUCGUCGACGGCGGCAUAUACGAUUGUCACUCAGAGCUCUUGACGGGCAGGUAGUCAAGUGGCCGUAUGAGCAUAUAACGCUUAUCGGAUCGCAGCCCCCUUUAUCAUGGGGUCGGAGAAGAUAUAAGACGCAGUCUUCAACUUAUUACGAUUAUUGUGUUCUGCGAAUCAAGCAACGUGGCCAUUUGGCCUGGCAAGGUCUCCAGCUAGGAAGCGGUUUUGAUAUCAACCUCGCUUAUUCCAAGAAGUUGGAUGUCGAUGGCAGCAUUAUUGGAUUAAAUGACGAUUUCGAUCUCACACCGCUGCUUGCACGCUUUUUUAUGUUGAAUAGGCAGCUCAUUUCUUCAAGACUCGCAUAUAUCGAGACUACGUUGGCCAGUUACAGGCGACACCACAGAAGAGAGUGUCUUCGGAAAUCGGAGGCUCUGACCUAUCGCUUUUUGUCCUGUGUCUACGAUCAUCCGCGCGAACCUUCUGGCCUUACGGCUAGUUCCAUAGAGAUGGAGAAAGAUCCACGAAUGCGAAUGUUAAUGUCCGGAAGCGAGGAGGUGUUCUCAGCAGCUUAUACUCGGUUUUCGGCUGUAUCUGUCAAUGAAACAAGUACUUGGUGGUAUAUAUUCUGGGACGAUCUAUGGCGACGAAAUCACGACACAAUAUCAGGAUUAGAGCUCCAUGCGGUUGACUUCAAUCCAUCUUAUCCCACAUCUAUUGCGUACACUCCUCUUCCUCGAGCAGCGCUAGAGGCAUUUCUCAUGCAGCGAGGUCUUUUAUCAAAGUCGCCGCGUUGGGGCGAUUUCUUUUACUCUGGCUUCCUGAACAAACUAUAUUUGCGGCUGAAUGAAACCGUGUUUCGUGGGUCUAGCAGAGCUAUUUUAUUCCAUAUUGGACAGGACCACUCAGAGUUGGAUAUGGAAGAUGUAGACCUUGAGACUUUGGUUCAACCUUCAACGUUAGGUACAGGAGGUGGGACAGAUCAUGACAAUUCCUCUAUUCGUGCUAGGCCUACAUAUAGAUGGGAAGGCUUGCUUAGUGACCCUGUGCACAGGGGGACAAGACGGAGAAGCCAUUUCCUUGCCAAGCUUGGUGCGUGGAUAGGAAUUACUCCGCUUUGGAGAUCCGGUGUAGCGUCACAGGGCCUUUCACUCGACAUUCAGAUGGAAAAUGGACGAUACGUACUGCUUGAUCAUGGUUCCAACUUUGGAGGAAGCUACGUCGAUGGUUUAACUUGA